AUGCCAGACGGAGAUCUUCCAAAUCAGCAAGUUGAGGAAUUGCAAGUGAUUGAAAGCAUUUUUGCAGAUCUGCUCAAAUUUCCAUCAAACAAUCGGAUUCACUUCGAGAUAAGCAAUUUCUUCGCCGAAAUCGAGUUACCAUCGGAUUAUCCAGCAGGUUCUCCGCCACAAAUAACUAUCUCAGCGCCAUCAUGGAGUCGUCGAGAAAAAGAAGAGCUACUGAAUGAGUUGAAUGAAGCUUACGUGGAAAAUCUAGGGCAACCAAUUCUCUACAUAUGGAUAACUAGGAUACAAGAUCAAAUUUCGAAAAUGGCUGAAAAUCCUUCAACGUCAUUCCCCCGUCAAGAUUUUUCACAGGCAGACGAAGAAAGCACCAGCUCGCUUAAAUCAGCGCAGAAUCACUUUACUCAAGAAGUUCCACAGAUCUUCUCGGGGGAGACCUUCAGUGACCGUAAGAGUGUUUUUCAAGCACACGUGGCAAGGGUUAGAUCAAAGAAUGAGGUGGACUUAGUGAUGGCAAAAUUGAAAGAGAACAACAAAGUCGCACGUGCCACCCACAAUAUUUUGGCUUGGAGAUGUGAAGAGAUUAAAAAUGGACGAACAAUUGUAUGCAAAGAUUGCGAGGAUGACGGUGAGCAUCAAGCAUCAUCCAAAAUGUUGGAAAUUAUUGAGAAGAUGGGAGCACAAAAUGUAAUGGUUGUUGUAACAAGGUGGUAUGGUGGUAUUCAUCUCGGGCCGGAUCGCUUCCGAAUCAUCAACAAUUUGACAAGGCAAAUUUUAGCGGAUAAUGGGAUGGAGAAUCGAAGAAAU